CCACGUUGUCGGUUUCUGUCGUGCUGUGUAAUGUAAAACGUGUCCACUACUUAGAUUCUCAAAAGUGUGCUUAAGGCAAUAUUUCGUCAAAACACUACAAUGUACAAUGCGUAUUACAAUAACAACAUCUUCUGUAAUAAUAGUUCUGUCUUUUACGUGGUUCUAAAUCGUCAAAGUGAAAGUAUAUUUUUAUUCUUGUGGAAUAGCGUGUGACGAUAAGCAGACAGGUUUAUAAUGUGUAGCGUUGUUCAGAGUGUGCAUGGAAUGAUAUCAACAGCACCGCUUCUCCGCUUGUUUUCGAGAGGAUAAGAUUGUUGUUAUACACAUGUCAGAAGAUUGUUACUAUACACAUGUCAGCAUAUGUUUGUUUAUAUAAAUAACACUAAAACAGCACCAUCAAAAAUUCGUUCUCAAUGUGGAGAAAAAUGAAAAUCUACGCACUUCUUGCAGUUUUGUGCACUUUCUUCGAGGAGUUGAAAUGCCAAGAUAUGCAACAAGAUUGUGACGUUCGCUUUUGGUAUGCCGAUGUUUUGGAAAUUCUCCACGGGAAGGAAUCAGAACUGUCUCCUCGAGAAGCGUCUAUGAUGAAAAAAGUUGAGCUCAUGAUGGAGCGAGUGCAGUACGGGGAGAGUCCUUAUGUGCCGUGUUCUCUGCUCCUCACCUACGGAUCCAUCCUUGUACCAAAGCAAAAGCUGAACAUUGUUCUCAAUACUAUUAAAAAUACCGAGGACGGAGCAGAGAUUUCUGAGGAAGACAUUCAGGCUACAAAAUCAAAACGAGAAGGGGAAAACAAAGAGGAAGAAGGUGAGGACAGGCAGAAUAAAGGACGCGAGACAAAUAAUGGCGGCCGUGGGGUUGAAACGCCUCUUCAUGAACUGGAAGACACUGGCGGGGUAGUCAUCUUCUAUGAGGAUGACGAUGAAGAAGAGGAGAGUAAGGAUGACAAGGCACAUGAAGACAAAGAAGAGAUUAAAACAGAUCCGGACAAGGAAAAAGUUGAAGAGGAAGAAAAGGAGAUGGUCAUCUUCUAUGAGGAUGACAAUGAAGAAGAGGAGAGUAAUGAUAAAUAUGGUAUAGGUAAUUCCAAGGCGCAUGAAGACAAAGAAGAGAUUAAAACAGAUCCGGGUACGGAAAAAGUUGAAGAGGAAGAAAAGGAGAUGGUCAUCUUCUAUGAGGAUGACAAUAAAGAAGAGGAGAGAAAUGGUGACAGUGGUAUAGAUAAUUCCAAGACGCAGGAAGACAAAGAAGAGAAUAAAAAAGAUCCGGGCAAGAAAAACGUUGAAGAGGAAGAAAAGGAGACGGUCAUCUUCUAUGAGGAUGAUAACAAAGAAGAAGAGAGAAAUGUUGACAGUGGUAUAGAUAAUUCCAAGAGGCACGAAGAUAAAGAAGAAAAUAAAAAAGAUCCGGUCAAGAAAAACGUUGAAGAGGAAGAAAAGAAGACGCCAGAUAGAAAUGAUGAAGAUACACCAGACGUUAGGAAUGUGCCCAGGGUAGACGAGGACAAAGAGGAGGUAAGAAAAACAGAUGGACUUAAAAAAGCAAUUGAAGAUGAAAAAGAGGAAAAGACGGAGGAAAACGUGAUAGAUGCACUUGAUGAUAACGAGCCAGAAGAAGACGAAGACACCUUAGACGAAAAUACACUGGAAGAGGAAGACGAUCUAGAUGAGGAUCAAGAUGAGGAUAUUGAUGAUUCAGAUGAGAACGACGAUGAAAUUGAAAAGGUGGAUUCAAAAAAUGAUUCCAAGCCUUCAAAACUUGGCGAAAUCCCCCCUGGGAAAACAGUUGUUCAAGGAAACGAUAAAUUUACCCGUAAGAAUCUAUAUAAUUCACCCACAUCUAAGGACAUCUACAGGAAACUGUGUCGCACAAUAAAUACUUCUAAAGCCAAGUCCAUCCAAACGUCGGUUCAUUUUUGCCAGUAUUGUAACAUUCUUCUUGGUGUGUGUGAUAAAGAUGGCACAGCCCACAAUGAGACUCGGAGUUUAUUAGCUGAUAAUGCUCCUGAACCCCAGGUCACUGAUAAGAAAGAAAUUCUUGUUGAUACUGCAGCAGAAGACGAUAAAUAUGUGUCCGCCGAAGAAACACAAGCGCAUAACACAAACCCUGAAGAUAACGCACAAACCAAUAGCGAGAGCACCGAAGAGUCACCGCACGCUCCCGAUCCUGAAGACUCCAAAAAUAUGGCAAGUGACGAUACCGUGUCAAAAACCGACAUGGACGUUAAAGGCUCGAAAGAAGACGAAAAAGAAGAUGAACACUCGGAUAGUCCAGCAGAAGACGAUAAAUAUGUGCCCCCCGAAGAAUCACAAGCGCAAAACACAAACCCUGAAAAUAGCGAGCAAACCAGUAGCGACAGCACCGAAGAAUCAACGCACGCUACCGAUCCUGAAGGCUCAAAAAAUAUGGAAAGUGACGAUGCCGUGUCGAAAAAAGGCAUGGGCAUUGAAGGCUCGAGGGGAGCUGUAAAAGAAGAUGAAGAUGAUAACACAAACGCUGAAAAUAAAAAGCAAACCAAUAGCGAGAGCACCGAAAAUGCAGCGCACGCUUUUGAUCCCGAAGACUCCAAAAACAUGGAAAGUGACGAGACCGGGUCGAAAACUCACAUGGAAGUUGAAGGCUCGAGGGAAGACGUAAAAGAAGAUGAACACGCAGAUGAAGCAGCGCAGAAAACAAACUAUAUUCACACAGAUUUGCGGCCUGUUGGAGACGUGACGCACCCGGGAGAACAAAAGGAAACUGUCACUGACAGCUCAGACGAGGAUAUGACCACACACGCAAGCAGCUCUGAUCAGGAAAACGAGAGCAACAAUAUGCCUCAAGUUACAUUAAGUGACGUGACAAUUGAGUCUGAAGUCUUUGAUACGGAAAACGUAGACAAUACAUUCGAUAAAUCACCAAUAGAAAAUGAAUCAAGUCAUUCUGAUCCUGUUCUUGAUUCACAUGUACACGUUGCUACUCCGAAAGUUGACCAGGAAGAACGCAAAAAAACUCCCGAUGCUGAUAAAGAAACCGCUUCUGAUGAACAGUCAGUCCGCAGUAGGAGGGACAUAGAAGCUUUAGAACAAUUGCUACACGCGAAAGAAUCGGAACAAGUCUCCAGGAUACAAAAUUUGGAACUUAUGAUAGUCAAGCUGGAAAAUAAAAUUCUAUCUCAAAGUUUGGAUAAACAAGAAGAUUCUACAGCAUUUGCUCAACUGGAAAACCACAUUCUAAAACUCGAAAAUGAACUUCUAAAACUCAACCAAAGCUACCAGAAACUAAGCGAUUCUCACGAGGCCUUAAAAUCCAACUCGAGGGGAAAGUAUUCGUUUAAAGAACUAGAAUAUGUACAAAGUAUGAGCCCCUUAAGACCAAAAUACCCAGCUAUAGCAGACAACGGAAGCAAGGAACUUAUAACACAACAGAAAGCAAAACUUGGCGAGCUCUCACGGCAGCUGAUGAACCAGUCCGAGUUGGUUCAAAAACUCAUGAGCAGAUCUACCGAUUUGGAAGCUCAAAACCAGAAAUUGUUCCAAUUUAUGAUGAAUCAAACAGCUCUGAUAUCCCAGAUAAUGACACAAAUGCAAGUACUGAAUGAAGAAAACUUGCACGCAAAACUACAAGCAGAAGGGUUUAAGUCUCAGAUUACAUUAUUGAAAGAGUCGCAAGAGAAUAUCAAACAUUAUCACGCAGCAUCGGCUACUUUUGGACACGAUAUUCCUGAUCCGAGCUCCGGAAAUUACCAAUCUUUUCCAAAGUGUGGAGGAAAACCAUCGUCUACACUAUCAGCAUUUAGAAAGAUAUUGUCAAGCGGGCUUCCCACGGCGAAACCACCCCCACCUACACAUUUUCAUAAACUUUCAUGUAAAACUGAAGAUCGUGCUAUCUUAUGCCUUUGGGGUUCCAUAAUUGUUCUUAACUGUGUCCCCUUCCAUUCAGUCUGGUGGUCACCUUGUGUUAAGGUCAAAGAUUCACAUUUUCUGGAUGUAGAAAACAGCAUUUAUUUGAAGGUAAUGGAUACGAAACAAACGCGAGAAGCAAGAGGCGAAGGCACGCUAAGGAUGGGAACCGCGUCUCAGAAAGAUGGUUUCAGCUGCUACUCAAAAAGUGAUACCAAUAAGGAGAAAAACAGAAGUGGGGAUGUUCCGAUAGGCGUUGCUGACUGUGCCGAAAUUAUCCAAGCAACCAAUAAGGCUGCAGACGGCCACAAAAAGUUAGGCUGCAAGGAAGAGGCUGGUGGGUGUAGCCCGGGUACAGAGGACAAGCCUCCUUCGGUUGCUUCGCCGCUCGGGGUGGACGAGAAAAUGGAAAGACCAAGUCACAAGACAAAUUUGGACGACCAGACAAAACCCCCUCCCGAGCAAAACAAAGAAGAUGCAAAGACAAUGAAGGAAAGAAAGAAAGCAGCAGCUGAGGCGAAAGCAAUCCAUGAGGCCAUCACCAGGAAAAUCUUGUAUGAAUCAAAGGACGACCAUACAGCAAAAGAUUGUUACGACCUCUACAAGAAAGGACAGACUCGAAAUGGUAUGGGGAGAAUUUUUGUAAUCGGCCUGGGCAUGUACGUAUCCGUCUACUGCAACAUGGAGGCAGGCGGGUGGACUGUCCUACUGAGGAGAGAGGAUGGUCAAGAGGAUUUCUAUAGAGAUUACCAACAGUACAAGGAUGGAUUUGGUGGAACGAGGGGCGAGCACUAUCUUGGCAACGAAGUUGUUCACUAUAUCACUAACCAAAAGAGGUACUCCCUGGGUGUCUCGCUUGAGGACUGGGAGGGCAACCAUAAGACGGCUACAUACGAUCACUUCUGGCUGGACGGGGAAGACGAUGCUUUCAAACUCCACAUUUACGGAUACUCGGGCGACGCAGGGGAUGGUCUGAACAAACACAGUGGCAUGAAAUUCAGCACCUAUGACGCGGACAAUGACGCCCUGAAGACGGAGAUGGGAGGCAGCUGUGCCAAACGUUUCCACGGGGCAGGCUGGUACUACAAAUGUUACAGUAGCAAUCUUAUGGGCAGAUACUACCAGGGAGGCAAAAUACCAGAGAAACUCUACGAUGGUAUCACGUGGAAGCCUUGGCUUGGUCCCAAUUACUCCAUGAAAACAGCGGUAUUGGCCAUUCGGCCACAUGGAGCUCAGUGAUCAGCGCAACAUUUAUUGGUCCCCUUCGUCCUUUGCAAAUGCACUUUUAUUGCUGUAGGCUACCAUUGCGCACCCAUUUAAAAACGAAAGGAGGCUUAGUUUGUGUUUCAAACAAAAUAACAACACAUGUAUCUUACGUUAUAAAUGCCAGACAUCAUACCUCCCUAAAGAUAAACUGAAGUCAUGAAUUAGUAGACCUACAGAUAUUAAUAAUAUUAUGUAAGUUAAGGGCUUAUCGAAACAAAAAUUCUAACACAGAAAUGUCAAUUCAUGUCAAUGAAGAAACAACCUAUUUAUUCUUCCAUUACUGAUUUGUUAAUUCUGUCUUCUUGUGACAAUUGUCUAUUCAAAAUAGUUUAAAGAAAUUUACCAUCUUUCACCUUAAUGUUUUGUGUGUGUGUGUGUGUGUGUGUGUGUGUGUGUGUGUGUGUGUGU